AACGCCGCUACGCGCACACGCACACGCACCACCACCAUCACUGGCCAAACCACCAGCACCACCUCACCGAGGCGGGCGCAGGCAGCGAGGCUGGCAGGCAUUCGCAAGGCAAACCGAGGCACCGACGCCCAAAAAUAAACUAGGCGUCCCCACAAAUCGCUCCACCUUCCUUCCCUCUCCCCUCCCCUUCUCGCUCCGCUUGCGCUAGCCCCGAGAUCCACGCCGCCUCCUCUCCGGCGCCCCCGCCCUCGCCUACGGCGGCUCACGCUGCCUCCUGGCCAUCUCUGCGCGGCCGCGACCGACCGCCGGUUUUGCUAACCGGUCCAGGGAGCACUGGGCAGGAGGAGGAGGAGGUGGGUUCCGUAGAGGCGCGGUGCCAGCCUGAGCAAGAGGGCGGGCGGGCGGCCGGGCGCCGGUGACGUUCUCAGCUUCCUGCAAGCUCGCCGAGUUGCCGGGCGGCGUCCUGGGCGGGGUUGUUGGUGGCGCAGGGAAGCGGGGAGGAGGCUCGCCUUGCUCGUAGCUGCAUUGGCCGCGUGCGCCGAGGAGGCGGCCGAUUUAAUCCCAGGAGGAGCCUCCCCAGCUUGUUUCGCACGCUCCCGGCGCCCUAGGUGCUUCUCGCUCCGCUUCCGCUUGGUCCAUGGUCCAUGGGGUGGAAGGUGGCGUCAGGGUGUAAGGCGGCCGGCGACAAGCUCAGGCUCCCAACCUCCUCCGCCGCCGCGCGGUCGCGGAUGAAGCUCUGGUUGGUGCGCGCCACCACCACGGUGCUGCUCUGGACCUGUGUCGUGCAGCUCACGGCCGUCGGGGACACCUGGGGCCCGCGGGUGCUCAAGGGCUGGCCCUCCUGCCUCACGCCGCGCGAGGAGGAGGCGGCCGCCGCGCGCCCGCGCCCUCUCGUCGUCGACAGGGCCGCGCUGCCGCCCAAAAGAAUAUAUAGGAAUAAUGGUUACUUGAUGGUUUCGUGCAAUGGUGGGCUUAACCAAAUGCGAGCUGCAAUAUGUGACAUGGUUGUAAUUGCAAGAUAUUUGAAUGUCACUUUAGUUGUGCCAGAGUUGGAUAAGACUUCAUUUUGGAAUGAUCCAAGUGAGUUCCAAGAUAUAUUUGAUGUGGAGCACUUUAUAACCUCGUUACGAGGUGAAGUUCGCAUCCUGAGAGAAUUACCCCCAAGGAUGAAGAGAAGAGUUGAACUUGGAAUGUUUCACUCCAUGCCUCCAAUUAGUUGGUCUGAUAUCUCCUACUAUCAAAAUCAGAUUCUUCCUUUGAUUCGUAAAUACAAGGUUGUCCAUCUGAAUAGAACUGAUGCUAGGCUAGCAAACAAUGGUUUACCGAUGGAGACUCAGAAACUGCGAUGCCGAGUAAAUUAUGCCUCUCUUAAAUUUACCCCACAAAUUGAAGAGCUGGGCAAGAGAGUAAUUAGAAUUCUUCGCCAAAAUGGACCUUUCUUGGUACUUCAUUUACGUUAUGAAAUGGAUAUGUUGGCUUUCUCUGGCUGUACUCAAGGUUGCAGUACUGAAGAGGCAGAAGAACUCACAAGAAUGAGGUAUGCUUAUCCAUGGUGGAAAGAAAAAGUGAUUGACUCAGACUUGAAAAGAAAAGAUGGCCUUUGCCCAUUGACGCCUGAGGAGACUGCUCUUGUCCUCAGAGCACUUGACAUUGAUAGAAGUAUGCAAAUAUACAUUGCUGCUGGGGAAAUAUAUGGUGGAAAGCGCAGGAUGGCUGCUCUAACUUCAGCAUACCCGAAUGUGGUGAGGAAGGAGACACUUUUGGAACCUUCUGAUCUGAUGUUCUUCCAGAACCAUUCAUCACAAAUGGCAGCACUGGAUUACUUAGUAUCCUUAGAAAGUGAUAUAUUUGUUCCAACAUAUGAUGGGAAUAUGGCUAAAGUUGUUGAGGGUCAUCGGAGAUUCAUGGGCUACAAGAAGACAGUCUUGUUAGAUCGAAAACUCAUUGUUGAGCUAGUGGACCGGUACACAAAUGGUUCUCUGCAAUGGGAUGAGUUCUCUGCAUUGAUCAAGGUUGCCCACACAAAGAGGAUGGGAUCAGCUUCAAAGAGGAUGGUGAUUCCUGACAGACCCAAGGAAGAGGACUAUUUCUAUGCCAAUCCCCAAGAAUGCCUCCAGGAUCGUUAUCUUUUGCAAAACUCAGAGGCGACUCGGUUUCUGCGAGUCAUAGAUGAGGCCAACCUGUAAACUCGACGAAGGGAGUGGGGGUGGGGGGGGGGGGGGGGGGGGGGGGGGCUGUAGUUUGGUAAAUAGACAUUGUAGAAUGGACGUGUUUGUUCAUUCCCGAAUAAAAAAGAAAUGGACUUGUAUAGAUGAUGGUGAUAGAAUUACGGCUAAGAAGAAUGUAACUUACGAGAAAACGGAGAUUCAUCUGGGUUCCUGCAUCCGGUCUUGUGUUGUGUAACAUAGCAGUUGUUCUUGGUACCCACCUCCAUUGUGACCUUCGAAAUUAUGGCAAUCAUGUUGAAAGAUGUAUACACUUUUCACUGUAUUGAUACAGCCUGUAUUAUAUAUGUAAAUUGUGCA